AAACUCACCGCCAAUCACGCAGCCUGUCCGUGCCUUCUUUCCUCCUCUCCAAAGCUAAAACCCUACAGCACAUUCACGCGCAAAUCCCAUUAUCAAUAUGUGAUUUAGGCCGCACACGAAUCGAAGUCACAUCAAGAACUCUGCAAUGGGUCAAGAACAAGAAGGAGGAGGAGCUGAAGAGUACUUGUUCAAGAUUGUGCUAAUAGGUGACUCUGCUGUGGGAAAAUCUAAUUUACUAUCCAGGUUUGCAAGAAAUGAGUUUGAUAACAAUUCUAAGGCUACUAUUGGGGUAGAGUUUCAGACCCAGGUGGUGGAUAUUGAUGGCAAACAAAUCAAGGCACAGAUCUGGGACACUGCUGGCCAAGAGAGGUUUAGAGCUGUUACCUCUGCUUAUUAUAGAGGUGCUGUUGGUGUACUAAUUGUCUAUGAUAUCACUAGGAGGACAAGUUUUGAUAGCGUCAAAAGGUGGUUGGAUGAACUCAGCACUCAUUGUGAUACUACAGUAGCAAGAAUGCUUGUAGGGAACAAGCGUGAUCUGGAGAACAUUAGAGAAGUGAGUGUAGAGGAGGGCAAAAGCCUUGCAGAAGAAGAAAGUUUAUUCUUCAUGGAGACAUCAGCCCUUGAUUCUACUAAUGUUCAGGCAGCCUUUGAGGUGGUGAUCCGUGAGAUAUACAACGAUGUGAGCAAGAAAAUUCUGAAUUCCGAUUUAUACAAGGCUGAGUUGACUGCAAACCGAGUCAGUCUGGUCAAGAAUGGAGAAAAUUCAUCAAAGCAAAAUAGUUUUUCCUGCUGCGCUACAUAAUUUCAGUUCUUGCUGUCUUGUGCACCUUUCGGGGCAUAGUAUUUUAUCCCCAUUUUCUUAUAUGAUUAUUAAUUAUAAUUGGUGUUGAUCACUAAAGAAUUUUCCAUUUCAAUCAAAUAUAAGAAAGAAGAAUAUUUUCCUUUCUUAAA